UCAGGGAAGCCCCAGGCAAACCCUCUUGCUCGACACCAUGGUGCACUGGACAGCCGAAGAGAAGCAGCUCAUCACCGGCCUCUGGGGCAAGGUCAAUGUGGCCGACUGCGGUGCUGAGGCCCUGGCCAGGCUGCUGAUCGUCUACCCCUGGACCCAGAGGUUCUUUGCUUCCUUCGGGAACCUCUCCAGCCCCACUGCCAUCCUUGGCAACCCCAUGGUCCGCGCCCAUGGGAAGAAAGUGCUCACCUCCUUUGGGGAAGCUGUGAAGAACCUGGACAACAUCAAGAAAAGUUUUGCUCAGCUGAGCAAACUCCACUGUGACAAGCUGCACGUGGACCCCGAGAACUUCAGGCUCCUGGGUGACAUCCUCAUCAUCGUCCUGGCCAGCCACUUCGGCAAGGACUUCACCCCCGCCUGCCAGUCCGCUUGGCAGAAGAUGGUCCGUGUGGUGGCCCACGCGCUGGCCCACGAGUACCACUGAGCCUCUCGCAAACUUUUGUGCCUGGAGAUGCUCCCAGCUCACAGGGAAACAUCCUCUGGUUCUGCUGGUCUUUAAUUGCCAAAUAAACACCAACUACUUCAGCCAUGAA